AUUCAUGUCGCAACAUCUCAUGGUCAUUCCAUCGACGUCAAUUAUAACCCCAACGACACCAUUCGUCAAGUCAAAAUGAAGGUCUAUGCCAGGUUAUGGAUUCAUCCUGAUAUCCAGAAGAUUUUCCUUGGAGACAGAGAGCUAGGGGAUGAUAAAAUCCUAGGCGAUCACAAGAUCCAAUCUGGAUCGGCCCUUAGCAUCGCCCCGUAUCAUAGUGGGGGC